CUUUUAGUGUUGGGACCCCAAGAACCAGUUUGUCUAGCAAAGAUUGUGGCACUUCUGCAGCUGCUGAGAGACAGAGCAUUGUGAUACUUCUCCAGCUUUGCUCCAGAGGGAGGAAGGACUCCUGGGACCGCUAGGCUUUGCCUCUGACCCUGGAGGUGCCAAGCACAGGCCUGCUGUAGAGCCUACAAGUCAGGGAGCUACAAAUUUUUAACAAGACACAUUGAUCAUUAACAGAGGGUAGGAAGGAGUCCAAACUCAGCCUCUCUUGGGGACAUAGACAGUUGGGUCUCCAGCCUCCUGCAGAGAUGCUGGGCCCAGGAGUUUGGGCCUCUGUGAGACAGGGACUGAGCAAGGGCUUGUCCAGAAAUGUGAGGGGCUGGGCCUCAGGGGUAGGGAGAAAAGUGGACAUCUCUGGCACCUAUCCUGCUUUGACCACCCCCUUCACUGCCACCUCGGAGAUAGACUAUGGCAAACUGGAGGAGAACCUGCACAAACUGGGCACCUUCCCUUUCCGAGGCUUUGUGGUCCAGGGCUCCACCGGAGAGUUCCCCUUCCUGACCAGCACUGAGCGCCUGGAGGUGGUGAGCCGCAUACGCCAGAUCAUACCCAAGGACAAGCUUCUGAUUGCUGGCUCUGGCUGCGAGUCCACUCAAACUACGGUAGAAAUGACUCUGAGCAUGGCACAAGUUGGAGCUGAUGCUGUCAUUGUGGUAACACCUUGCUACUAUCGUGGCCGUAUGAGCAGCGCUGCCCUUAUUCACCACUAUACCAAGGUUGCUGACCUCUCUCCAAUCCCUGUGGUGCUCUACAGUGUCCCAGCCAACACAGGUCUGGACCUGCCUGUGGAUGCGGUGGUCACAUUGUCCCAUCACCCAAAUAUUGUGGGCAUGAAGGACAGCGGUGGUGAUAUAACCAGGAUUGGGCUGAUUAUUCACAAGACCAGGAAGCAGGAUUUCAAGGUGUUAGCCGGAUCUGUUGGAUUUCUGCUGGCCAGCUAUGCAGUGGGAGCUGUGGGAAAUAUAGGUGGUCUGGCCAAUGUGCUGGGGGCCCAGGUGUGCCAGCUGGAGCGACUCUGCCUCACGGGGCAAUGGGAAGCAGCCCAGGAACUGCAACAUCGUCUCAUUGAGCCCAACACCGCGGUAACGAAGCGCUUCGGAAUCCCAGGGCUGAAGAAAACCAUGGACUGGUUUGGUUACUAUGGAGGUCCCUGCCGAGCCCCUUUGCAGGAGCUGAGCCCUGCUGAGGAGGAGGCACUGCGGGUGGACUUCAGCAGCAACGGCUGGCUCUGAGGGAAAGCAGGGCACACCUGGCCUGAGCCAUAAUAGUCUUGGGUCUAGUGUAUAGAAGCGCCGUGUCCCAUUUCACCCCUCCAGGUGCCCUUUCAGCAGUCUCCUCUCACAGGCCAUAAUUUUUCACAUAUGUAAGAUGCUGAAUUUUUGUUCUUUUUUUUUCUUGUCAUUCAUGGGGCUUGAACUCAGGACCUGGGCACUGUCCUUGAGAUCUUUUUG